GAGUAUGCAAGUUGGACAAAUGAGAUGCCAAAUACAACCACUUUCAUGUGGCAUUGGACAGAAAGAAGGACUUUUUUUUUUCCUCCAUUUGAAAAUGCGGACGUUAUCAGCACCACUGUCUAAUUCCAAUCAAUGCAAGUCAUCAGAAUCAGGUAAUACACCAACUUAUAUUCUUGUCUUCAUGAAAGAAAGGAAUCUAUGUGUGUUAAACAUGCUUGUAUUAUCAUUAAACACCAUUAACUUGUUAACAAAAAUGUCUCUUUCAUAAAUAAAUAAAUAUAAAUUAUAAAUAGGAAUGAGGUAGAUCUCCUCGACUUGGUCAAUUGAAAAGUAGCUCGCCUGCAGAAAAAGUGUGAGCGCCCCUGAUGUAUAUAGUAGACUUUGCACGCAGUUGCAAUUCCAAGACAUUAGAUGGCAGCAGAGAACACAUUACAGCAGCAAGUACGGCCAAUCGUCCAAUGAUUGGUCAAAAGCCGCCACGUGACUACAGUGCGCCAUUUUGGGAAACAAUUUCGAGACUGCUGAGUCAUUUCUUUUAAUUGAAGAGUCACAAAAAACGGGGACACUUUUGUACCGCGACGAAGAAAAUUAUGGAAAGAAAAGGUUGGAGUGCGAGAUGUGACGUCUUUGGCGGACGGCUAACCGGUAACAACCCGUCUUUACGAGCUCACCGGUCAAGCUGCUUUGGGAAAAACUGGACCAGGACUGGUAGGAGUCCAUUCGCUGCCAUCCAACCCGCAGAGCUGAUAAUUCAGCUUGUCUGUGGGCCCAUCAGAAACAAAAUAGGCUGCCGCGAUGCCCCAGCGACGGGAUGGCACUUUCAGACACGUCCGGAACCAUCCCCCGGAUAUCCUGUUGAGAUUGCAACGUUCAUCGGGCGCACACUUCUAGGCGAGGAGUAAUUGAAAACCUCCUCCCCGGGGAAAAACAAGACUUUGUCCUGAUUUGCUUGUCAGGGCAGGAGAAGGAGAGCACAUUUUUAUAAAGAACAAUUUUCUCCCGCUCUUAUUUUUUUCAAGCAGAGAUGGAGGAAUAAGACUGUCCAGAAGCGAUAACGAGCUAACAGGUAGCCGAGAGAGAGGGAGCAAGAGAGAGAAUUAACAAGGGUUGUUUAAAAGCCUUUUUAAAAAGCCCAUCGGUGCUGUAUUUGAGUGCAGUGGGCCGGGGAGGGAUUGUCUGCAGGCACUCAGGUUUUAAACUUCCCACCAUCACCACCUGCCUCUUUUGGGCCUGCAGGAAAUAUGACCGAGUAAACCCACAGACGGACAGACAAGUCUUUUUCCGAGCAGAGCCAGGAGCAGCAGACAGCAUGCGACUCAUUGUCAUUCCCAGCGACAUCUGAGAGAAGGAGAGAGAGCGGAAAGGGACAAACGUUGAAGGAGAGAGAGGGUCGAGGAGCAAGAAUCGGAGGCGGCCUUGUUUUGUUGCCCCGGCCUGCUUUUUGCACUCCUAAAACAGGUGUGUGAAAAUCCUACUUUUCGUCUGCAUCUGCACCACGUUUACCUGUUUAUGUCUCAACCGGCAAGGUGAUUGCUUUUCGGGAGAACAGGAAAAGGAGGACACGACAAGGAAAGGGAUUAUUUUUGUUUCCGUCAGACGAUAAACAGCAGAGGUUUCUUCAGUGCCUCCCUCCAACCCCACCUGUAACGCCAUGAAGCCUUCAGGCCUCGGCUGAAGCUAGGAGCACUCCCGACUGUUCCCGACUCCUUCUGUGGCGGUACAGGCAGCCAGCAGACCGUUCUCCAUGAGGAGCAGUAGAAGAUGCCGGCUCUGCCAGCACUGCUGCUGUCGAUACACUUCCUGUCCUCCUUCUUGCUCGCCAACAUGCCGCCACGCUCGCUGAGUCAGACCUCCGUCCUCUCCUCCGUCCGCAUGGCGGCCAUCCUGGACGACCAGUCGGUGUGUGGGCGCGGCGAGCGUCUGGCGCUGUCCCUGGCCAGGGAAAACAUCAACAGUGCGAUUGAGGGCCCGGUGCGAGCCCGAGUGGAGGUAGACAUAUACGAGCUGCAGAAAGACUCCCAGUACGACACCACUGACACCAUGUGUCAGAUUCUUCCCAAAGGCGUCGUCUCUGUGAUAGGCCCCGCCUCCAGCCCCGCCUCAGGCUCCACUGUUAGUCACAUAUGCGGCGAGAAGGAGAUCCCGCAUGUCAAGAUCGGUCCGGAAGAGACGCCCCGCCUACCGUACCUCCGCUUUGCUUCCGUCACGCUGUACCCGAGCAACGAGGACCUAAGCCUGGCCAUCGGGGCCAUCCUGCGCUCCUUCAGCUACCCCUCAGCCAGUCUGGUCUGUGCCAAGGCUGAAUGCCUGCUGAGAUUGGAGGAACUGGUGCGUCGCUUUCUCAUCUCCCGCGAGACACUGUCAGUCAGGAUGCUGGAUGACAACCUGGACCCGACCCCGCUGCUGAAGGAGAUACGUGACGACAAAGUCGCCACCAUCAUCAUCGACGCCAACGCCUCCGUCUCCUACCUCAUCCUCAAGAAGGCGUCGGAGCUGGGGAUGACGUCGGCGUUCUACAAGUACAUCCUCACCACCAUGGACUUCCCCCUCCUGAGACUGGAUGACGUCGUGGACGAGCAGUCCAACAUCGUGGGCUUCUCCAUGUUCAACACCACGCAUCCCUUCUACCUGGAGUUCAUCCGCAGCCUCAACCUGUCCUGGAACGAGGCCUGCGACCUGACCUACCCCGGCCCCGCCCUCUCGUCAGCGCUGAUGUUCGACGCGGUGCACGUGGUGGUGGGGGCGGUGAGGGAACUCAACCGCAGUCAGGAAAUUGGCGUGAAGCCGCUCAGCUGCACCUCGCCUCAGAUCUGGCAACACGGCACCAGCCUCAUGAACUAUCUGCGCAUGGUGGAGUACGACGGCCUGACGGGACAUGUGGAGUUCAACAGCAAAGGUCAAAGGACCAACUACACCCUGAGGAUCCUGGAGAAGCACAGAGGAGGCCACAAAGAGAUCGGUGUCUGGUACUCCAACAACACCCUCGCCAUGAACUCCACCAGUCUGGACAUCAACGUCUCCGAGACCCUGGCAAACAAGACCCUGGUUGUUACCACCAUUCUGGAAAACCCGUACGUGAUGCGCAAAGACAACUACCAGGAUUUCCACGGCAACGAGCAGUACGAGGGCUUCUGCGUGGACAUGUUGAGGGAGCUGGCCGACAUCCUCAAGUUCUCCUUCAGGAUCAAGCUGGUGGACGACGGCCUCUACGGCGCACCCGAGCCCAACGGCUCCUGGACGGGCAUGGUGGGGGAACUCAUCAACAGGAAAGCCGACCUGGCGGUGGCGGGCUUCACCAUCACGUCAGAGAGGGAGAAAGUUAUCGACUUCUCCAAGCCCUUCAUGACCCUGGGGAUCAGCAUCUUGUACAGGGUCCACCUGGGUCGUAAGCCGGGCUACUUCUCCUUCCUGGAUCCUUUCUCCCCGGCUGUGUGGCUCUUCAUGCUGCUGGCCUACCUGGCUGUGAGCUGCGUGCUCUUCCUGGCUGCAAGGCUGAGCCCCUACGAGUGGUACAACCCUCACCCGUGUCUGCGGGAGCGCAGGGACAUGCUGGAGAACCAGUACACUCUGGGCAACAGCUUGUGGUUCCCCGUCGGCGGCUUCAUGCAGCAGGGAUCCGAGAUCAUGCCCAGAGCCUUGUCCACCAGAUGUGUCAGCGGAGUGUGGUGGGCGUUCACCCUCAUCAUCAUCUCGUCCUACACGGCCAACCUGGCCGCCUUCCUGACCGUGCAGAGGAUGGAGGCCCCCAUCGAGUCCCCGGACGACUUGGCCGACCAGACCAACAUCGAGUACGGGACCAUCCACGGAGGGAGCACCAUGACCUUCUUCAUGAACUCCCGCUACCAGACGUACCAGCGCAUGUGGAACUACAUGUACUCCAAGCAGCCGAGCGUGUUUGUGAAGAGCACCGAGGAGGGCAUCGCCCGCGUGGUCAACUCCAAGUACGCCUUCCUGAUGGAAAGCACCAUGAACGAGUACCACCGCGGCCUCAACUGCAACCUCACGCAGAUCGGAGGCCUGCUGGACACCAAAGGAUACGGCAUCGGCAUGCCGCUAGGCUCUCCGUUCAGAGACGAGAUCACGCUGGCCAUCCUCCAGCUGCAGGAAAACAACCGGCUGGAGAUACUCAAGAGGAGGUGGUGGGAGGGAGGACAGUGUCCCAAAGAGGAGGAUCACCGUGCCAAAGGUUUGGGCAUGGAGAACAUCGGCGGCAUCUUUGUGGUGCUCAUCUGCGGCCUCAUCAUCGCCGUCUUCGUGGCCAUCAUGGAGUUUGUGUGGUCCACGCGUCGCUCCGCUGAGACCGAUGAGGUAUGCCCCCAUACCUGCCCUCGCCGAUCCCGCAGACACACCCCAGUGUCUGUCUGUCAGGAGAUGAUCACGGAGUUCCGAAACGCCGUCUCCUGUAAGAAGAGCUCCCGCUUGCGCCGCCGCCGGCCGCUCAGCAGCGCAACGGCGCUGCGCCACCCGAACCGUAUCGCCCUGGGAGCCCCCCGGCCCCUGCGCCUCGUCCGGGAGAUGCGCAUGAGCAACGGAAAACUGUACAGUGGAGCCGGCCCUCUCACGGGCGGCGCCGGAGGAGCGGCGCCGCCCGAUUUGGGGCCCGGUCCCCAGCGGCUCCUGGAUGAUCCUCUCGGCGCCAACGCCACCCCUCCGCCGCCGGCCCCCACCCCGGUGAUGCUGCCCACCCGCAGUUGCACCCACGUAAGGAUCUGCCAGGAGUGCCGCCGGAUCCAAAGCUUAAGAUUGGACAGCAGUUUGGGAUCGAGCACGACGAGGAUACCGCCCUCGUCCGCGCCGCUGCCCCGCCUGCCCCCGCCCCCGCCCCUGUCCUCCUCAAACACGGACAGCGAGGGCGGAGGCGGGCCCAGCCCCAGGCGGCUGCACAGCCCCCCGCCUCACAGCGCCCGGCCCAUCCCACCACAGAACCUCAACAAGUCAGACCUGCUGGGGGACCAGGCCUGAAGGGGGCGGGGCCAAGGUUGUCACACAAAACAAAAAAGGAGGGAAUGCAAACAAUAACGAGCGGAUACAAAAUGUGAUUAAAGAGGACUUAAAGCCUGCAGGAACAGCCCGCAUGCGCUUUGGACAAAACUGACAAAAGUGCUUUUUUUCUUUUCCCUUCUCGCACCGAGGCUUUUCUUCCGGACACUUUCGGGAAGAUCCCGGACACGUGGACUUCCGGAGGAUGAUUACAUGUUGUUUUACUCAUUUGUUGUCUCGUUUUUGUUGACCAUUUGUUCCAAGUGGGCGUUCAAUAAAAAGCCUCUCCGGUGUGACAAAUACGCCGGAUUGUGACCACGGCAAACGACGUGACGGCGCCUAAUGGUGUUUUGUGUCCCGCCCGGCUGUGUCCUCGCUGCUCGAAGGAAGGAUGACACGCGAGUCGAACCGUAGCACAGUUGGCGUUUGGUCGCGCGCGUGUGUGUUUAAAGGCCUACUGAAAUGAGAUUUUCUUAUUUAAACGGGGAUAGCAGGUCCAUUCUAUGUGUCAUACUUGAUCAUUUUGCGAUAUUGCCAUAUUUUUGCUGAAAAGAUUUAGUAGAGAUCAUCGACGAUAAAGUUUGCAACUUUUGGUCGCUAAUAAAAAAGCCUUGCCUGUACCGGAAGUAGCAGACGAUGUGCGCGUGAUGUCACGAGU